AAAUAUUCAAGAAGUAGAGACUAGUCGUUAUUAUAAAUCAAUUCAAGAUAAUAUUGAUCACGAUAAUUAUGUGAGAGAUGAGUGGGCAAAAACAUCUGCUGAUUUGUUCCGUGAACGCGCUCUUUGGGGUCCGAAAACGUCAGAUCACGAAUCAAAAUGGAGAUUAGAUUUCACAGAAGUACCUGUUCUUCGUACAGUUAAAUACGAUCGAUGCUUCAAUGCUUUAACUAAUAUUAAAUUUAAUGACUUGAUAGAUUUGGACGUGCCUGUUCGUCAUUUAGGAGGAAAAUCGCAUGACCGCCAAAUGACACUCACUCCUAGUGCAAGUGAUGCUGAAACAUCAAAUGAUGACGUAGAUUCUGUUGAAAAUA